AUGAGAACUAUUGUAGUUGAGGAAUGGGUACACAUCCCUGAAGGAGUUACAUUGACAGUGAAGACAAGAAGAGUGAAGGUAAAGGGUCCCAAGGGCGAGAUCACCAAAGACUUCAGACACAUGCCCGUCGAGAUGAAAACCAUGAAGCAAGCAACUAAGAAUAGAAAGGGUCUCUACCUCAACAUCAAGAUGUGGUUCGGUGGAUCCAAGCAAAGCUGCUCAGUCGCCACCCUUAAGUCCCUCGUCCGCAACAUGAUCACUGGUGUUACCGAUGGUUACAGAUAUAAGAUGAGACUCGUUCAUGCUCAUUUCCCAAUCAAUGUAGUUAUUCCAAAGGACGGCAAGUCUAUUGAAAUCAAGAACUUCUUAGGCGGUAAGCAAGCCAAGAAAAUCGAAAUGCUUCCAGGCACUACCGUAAAGUUGAACCCAGACCUUAAGGAUGAGAUCAUUUUCGAAGGUAUUGACAACCAAAACGUCUCACUCACAUGCGCCCAAGUUUCCCAAGUUUGCAAAAUCGGAGACAAGGAUGAUAGAAAGUUCUUGGACGGUAUCUACGUUUCAGAAAAGGGAACCCAACAAUGA